AGCCCUGGUGCUUCAAGAAACACCUGUCAUCCCAACAUCCUUUGCGUGUCCAAUAUGGAAGAACUGGCGGUGGAGGUCCGUGGCUCCAACGGCGCUUAUUACAAGGGCUUUGUCAAAGAUAUCCACGAUGACUCUCUCACCAUUGCCUUUGAGAACAAUUGGCAGCCAGAACGCCAGGUGCCCUUCAGUGAAGUCAGAUUGCCACCGCCUGCUGAUGCCAAGAAGGAGAUUGGAGAGGGCGAGGAAGUGGAGAUCUUCUCCAGAGCCAAUGAACAGGAGCCUUGUGGCUGGUGGUUAGCUAAAGUCCGCAUGAUGAAGGGAGAUUUCUAUGUGAUUGAGUAUGCAGCCUGUGAUGCCACCUACAACGAAAUAGUAACCUUUGAGCGUCUGCGUCCAGUCAACAUCAACAAGGCUAUCACCAAGAACACCUUCCACAAGUGCUCUGUCCCUGUCCCUCAGGAUCUACAAGAAGCGUGCCAGAGUGAGAAUGCACAUAAGGACUUCAAGAAAGCUGUAGGAGCUUGCCGCAUCUCAUACUGCCCUGAAACCAGUCAGCUUUUGAUCGUGUCCACCAACGAGACAACGGUGAAGCGCGUGUCUUUGCUGAGUGACAUGCACCUGCGCAGCCUCAGAACCAAGCUGAUGCUAAUGUCGCGCAACCAAGAAGCCACAAAACACCUGGAGACCUCCAGACAGCUGGUAUCAUCCUUCCAGGAGGAGUUUAUAGUGAGACCGGAUCUGAUGGGCUUGGCAAUCGGCAGCCAUGGCAACAACAUUCAACAAGCAAGGAAGGUUCAAGGUGUCACUGCCAUCGAGUUGGAUGAGGAAACAGGCACUUUCAGGAUUUAUGGAGAGACAGCUGAGGCAGUAAAGAAGGCCAGGAACUACUUGGAGUUUCUGGAGGAUUCUGUCCAGGUGCCAAGAACCCUUGUUGGCAAAGUGAUUGGCAAGAACGGUAAGGUCAUUCAGGAGAUUGUGGACAAGUCUGGUGUGGUGAGGGUCAAGAUAGAAGGAGACAAUGACAACAAGCAGCCCAGACAGGAAUUGACACAGGGAAUGGUCCCAUUUACCUUUGUUGGCACUAAGGAGAGCAUUGGCAACGUUCAGGUCUUAUUGGAGUAUCACAUCUCUUACCUGAAUGAGAUGAUGGAGCUUCUUGCAGAGGGCCAGCAUCUAGAGGAAGAGCUGAAGCAGAUUUGUUAUACGCAGGGAAGCAGCCUAGCAAGAUUCAAAAUGAACAGAACAAGGAUGACUGAGGUUGAGCAGCUUCGCCUGGAGCGGAUGCAGAUUGACGAACAAUUACGUCAGCUCACCCAGGGUCACCGUCCAGUUGACCGGGAGAGAGGGGACAGGGGGGACAGGGGGGACAGAGGGGACAGAGGGGACAGAGGAGACAGAGGAGAGAGAGGAGGAGGCGGAUACAAUACAGACAACAGUGCCAACAACUCCUCAUCCUCCCUACAUGGUAGUCGCUCCUACAACGGUCGAGGACGUGGACGCAGAGGCCAUAGCUACAGCACUGGAUAUGGCACCAACUCUGAGCAGUCCAAUGCCUCUGAGACUGAUUUAGAGCACAAGGCGGAGCUCAGCGAUUGGUCCUUGGCUGGAGAAGACCAGGACAGGGAGAGGGAGAGAGGCCCUCGGCCACAAAGAGAUGGCCGCAGGAGGCCAGGGCCUGGCAAAGGCAGAGGUGGGCCUGGAGGAAGGGGCAGAGGAGGGAGAGGAGGAUACAGCAACAUUUCUGCAGGGUCCCGGGACCAUGAGAACAACUAUCCCUAUGGACCCUUGGAAACAAACACAGAGACAGACCAGACAGCUGACACAGAUGCCAGUGAGUCCAACUUGCCUGCAAACCGCCGCCGAAGGUCUCGGCGACGCAGAACGGAUGAGGAUGCCACGCUGAUAGAUGGAAUGAGCGAAUCUGACAAUGCCUCACAGAGCGAAAAUGGAAUAGACUCAGAAGCAAAACCUCAGCGUCGCAAUCGUAGCCGGCGUCGCCGCAUUCGCUUGCCUGAGGAGAGGCAGCCAGUGACUGUGGCUGACUUCAUAUCCAGGGCUGAAUCUCAGAGCAGGCAGAUGACUACCGAGGAUCCCACUGAAAGCAAGGAUAUGGGUAUGGGUGACGUCCUCACUGAGCACAGCCCAAAGUCUGCUCCGGCCACCACCAACGGUUCAAACAACAGUGUUUCUGACAAUGUGGAUAACACAAAAGCUCCCAGGUCUUCCACUGAGAGGUCUGCCAAAGUCUCCUACAAAGGAGACUCUAACCCGCAACCUGUUGCUAAUGGACUCUCCUAGUCAGACAUGGGCAGAGGAAGUGGUUUCAAAUAUUUGAACCGUUUUGGCUGUCCUUCAUUGAAUCUUCAUGUCUGGCCUCAAACAUUAACAUUUAAACAGAACAAGCACUGUUUUUUUCUACUCAAAUAUCUGAACCUGCUUAGCUGCACAAUGCCGAGAGUUCUGAACCUUUACCUUCACACAUCUAUCUGUAAAACUAUUCAUUUUACUACAGUGUUUUUUAACAGUAGUUCUUCCUGUAUGAGCUUGCCAAAGAUAGUCAAACCCACACACUUACAGACAUGUAUAUAAGCUGUCUUUUUCUUUUAGUCCAGUCUUCACUGAGAGCUCAUAGAGAGGUUGGACGUCGUACAGCGUUUCUGAAAUGCAAACAGGGAUUCCACUCAAACUCAUACUGUGGUAUGAAUGCAAGACUUCUUUGUUAUUAGUAAAAAUAUCAUAGCAGGGUUUUAUCAUGUGGACUCAGAAAGAUGCUCCCACAGCUUUUUUUCAGGAUAUUUUGUGCAUUUGAGGUAGUUUGUACAUUAAAUAUUCUGCAUGAGCAGUACCACGGUGCAGGUAGGUUUGUUGGAAACCCAAGUAUGAUUGAUAUACAUGUGUUCAACUGUUGUGCCUUGAGAUUAGAUUCAACAUGUUGCUGCCUGGCUCUGCACACAAUCGAAAAUUAUUUAACUUAUUUCAGUGUGACCUGUUUGCUCUCACUUGUCACCACUGUGGCAGGUGAGAGUGUGCUAAAUGUUGUCCUAUGGUGCUGUGAGCAAGUGAGAGCAAAUUUUAAAACGCCCUUACAGGAUUUCAGAGCCAUCUUUUAAAAGUGUGUCUGCUCUUAAUGUUUUGAAAUUAAUCUAAUUUCCAUACACACACAACACACACACACAUAUAUAUAUAUGUGUGUGUGUGUGUGUGUUUGUAUGUGUUAAGGAGUUUUACAUUAGCUGCUUCCUGUUUUUUCAAUAUGCAACCACUUUUGUCACAGAAGAAAUUCUAUUCCAGCUAGUCUAAAAAAAGAAGCAAGACAAGGAUUGUUUUGUUUGCACUGAAGCAAAACCUUUUUUUUCUGUUAAAGCUCCUUGUUGUUGAGUCUGAAAACUGACCCGUUGUGCUUGACAGAGAUGUAGACUUCAGUGCUGGGUUUCUUGGAAAAAUCUCAUUGUUUACACUCCAACAGUUCAUCAGUUUUCACAAGUGAUCCUGAGGGCUUUUGUUAUUUGACAGAAAUCCAAUUACAUUAACAGUAAUUUAGAGCGUUUUUUGCUGUAUCUUUUGGAUUGUCUUCACCCACUCUGACAUGCCUAUAAUUGUACAAUUCCUGUUAGACUUCUGUGGUGUUGAGAUGUUUCUGGAAAUCCAGGGCUAGGUGACAUAUUUUGGUUCUUCCACACUGGCUGGCUGGAAACUGGUCAUGACUGUUCCUCUAAGGAAGGAGAUUUAUUUGGGUUAUUUAUUUUUUAGAAAGUGUACAGUAUUUAAAAAAACAAACAAAAAAACAAAGAAAAAAAAACAACUUUUCUUUUUCUUGACACUAAAAUGUGUGAUAUCCAGAAGUUCUCUUUUAAGACAAACGUCAAUUUGGACUACUGACAGUUGACAUCCCAAGUGUUUUUGUUGGGACAGCUACAGUAUGUUGUUUCUUUUCUUUUUUUUUUUAAGGAUCGUCUGGUUGGUUGAUGUGCAAUAUGUUUUGUAUGCAGGUAGUUCUUAAAUAAACUUGAUCUUCUAUUUAGAUCUAAAACCUAAAA